CAACGGAGCAGGUCCUGUUUUCACGAAGAUUGGGGCGUAUCAAGCAAGGUCUACGACUUCCUGAUCGCCAGCCCCUCGACCCAAUAGCAGCGAGUCGGGAAGAUUGUGAGGAGCUGCAGCAGAAGAAGAUGCCUUUCCUCUUUCAAGAUUUCUUCAAGGAUCAAAACACACAUACACACACAGCAAACACGUGCAUACAAACAGGUAGAUGGAGAAGGAGGAAGCAAGGAGGAAAGCAAAGGCUGUGGUUGUGGGAGGCAGCAUAGCUGGGAUAUCUUGUGCACACGCCUUGAUUGCAGCGGGGUGGGACGUGGUGGUGCUGGAGAAAACACUCUCUCCUCCAAACGGUUGUGCUACUGGUGCUGGACUAGGACUCGAUAUGGUGUCCAUGAAACUCAUAAAGAAAUGGACUCAACCCCAACUUCUCCAGCUACUGAGCUUGCCUAUGAAUAUUGAGCAUGAACAAGCAACAGAUGGUGACGAGAAAAUUACUCGGACGCUAUCAAGAGACGAGCAUUUCAAUUUCAGAGCAAUGCACUGGGCUGAUUUGCAUAGCCUUCUCUACAGCUCGUUGCAACAAGACAUCGUUCUCUGGGGGCAUUCUUUCUUGUCCUUCUGCAUUUCUGAUGAUAAAACUUCAGCCAAAGUUCAAGCUAAAGUGCUCCAAACUAAUGAAACAGUGGAGAUAGUAGGCGAUCUGCUAGUUGCAGCCGAUGGCUGCCUCUCUUCAAUACGCGAAACUUUUCUUCCAGACCUUAAACUGAGAUAUUCUGGCUACAAUGCAUGGAGAGGGGUCCUUGAUUAUUCAAACAAUGAGAAUUCAGAGACCGUAAUCGCACUCAAGAAGGCGUAUCCUGAUCUUGGCAACUGUAACUAUUUCGACAUAGGUUCAGAAGGCCAUGCUAUUCUCUACGAGCUGAUCAACCAGAGGGUGAACUGGAUUUGGUAUCACAAUCAACCAGAGCCAAAAUUUAAGGGAAACUCAGUGACAGCAAAGGUUAGCGGAGAUAUGAUUGAGGAUAUGUACGAAGCAGCAGAGAAGGUCUGGAUGCCAGAGCUGGUGAAAGUGAUGAGAGAAACCAAGGAGCCUUUCUUGAAUGCCAUAUACGACGCUGAGCCACUCGAUCAGCUCUAUUGGGACAACGUGGUUUUGAUCGGAGAUGCAGCUCACCCCAUCAGCCCUCAUGGUGGGAGGAGCACAAACAUGUCGAUAUUAGAUGCUGCAGUCCUGGGGAAGUGCCUCGAGAAAUGGGGCCCGGAGAAUCUGAGCUCGGCCCUCGAUGAGUAUCAGUCCAUUAGGCUGGUGGUGGCUUCGGAGCAAGUUCUGUUCUCACGGAGGAUGGGGCGCAUAAAGCAGCGUCUGCCCCUCCCUGAUCGCGACCUCUUUGACCACGCUGCAGCGAGUCGAGAAGAGAGCCAAGUGCUGCACCUGAGGAACAUACCUUAUUUCAAUCACAUUCCUCCCAUUCUUGCACCAGAUUGUAACAGUUCAUUGCAAUCUUGUAUUUUGUAACACCUUUGGUGUGUGUGAGAAAACUGGAUGAUUUUGGGUGGAAAAAACUGAAAUCAGUUGGAACUGACAUGAAUCAUGAGGAAUCCAUUUCCCACAAA